GGGAGUAAGAGGACAACUCCCACACACACAAUGUCAGAAGACAAGAUCACGGGAACCUUGGCUUUCACUGUCUUCACUGCUGUGCUGGGUUCCUUCCAGUUUGGAUAUGACAUCGGCGUGAUCAACGCACCUCAAGAGGUAAUAAUAUCCCAUUAUCAACGGGUUUUGGGUGUUGCAGUGGAUGAUCGAAGAGUUGCCAAUAUCCAUGACAUCAACAGCACAGACACCCCACUCAUAGUCACACCGGAAUACACCACACCAGCCCCCUGGGCAGAAGACAAGGCUGCAGGCUCCGCUCAAGUCAUCACAAUGCUCUGGUCUCUGUCUGUGUCCAGCUUCGCAGUGGGUGGAAUGAUCGCCUCGUUCUUUGGUGGGUGGCUAGGAGACAAGCUUGGAAGGAUCAAAGCCAUGCUGGCCGCCAACAGCCUCUCACUGACUGGAGCUCUCCUGAUGGGGUGCUCCAAGCUCGGACCGUCACAUAUUCUCGUCAUCGCCGGCAGAAGUAUAUCAGGACUGUACUGUGGGCUAAUUUCAGGGCUGGUCCCUAUGUACAUUGGUGAAAUCGCUCCAACCACGCUCCGAGGUGCCCUGGGCACUCUGCACCAACUGGCCAUUGUCACAGGCAUUCUUAUUAGUCAGAUAGCUGGCCUCAGCUUUAUUCUGGGCAAUCAGGAUCGUUGGCACAUCCUGCUUGGCCUGUCUGCUGUGCCAGCUCUCCUACAGUGUCUCCUGCUCUUCUUCUGUCCAGAAAGCCCCCGAUACCUUUAUAUAAAGCUGGAAGAGGAAGUCAAAGCGAAGAAAAGCUUGAAGAGACUAAGAGGAACUGAGGAUGUCACCAAAGAUAUUAAUGAGAUGAGAAAAGAAAAGGAAGAGGCAGCUACUGAGCAGAAAGUCUCCGUGAUCCAGCUCUUCACGGACUCCAGCUACCGACAGCCCAUUAUUGUGUCUCUAAUGCUGCACAUGGCCCAGCAGUUUUCUGGAAUCAAUGGGAUAUUUUACUACUCAACCAGCAUUUUCCAGACAGCUGGGGUCAGCCAACCUGUGUAUGCCACCAUUGGCGUUGGUGCCAUCAACAUGAUCUUCACUGCUGUCUCUGUACUGCUUGUGGAGAAAGCUGGGCGGCGGUCCCUGUUUCUAGCUGGAAUGAUUGGGAUGUUUUUCUGUGCCAUCUUCAUGUCUGUGGGACUUGUGCUGCUGGAUAAGUUCGCCUGGAUGAGUUAUGUGAGCAUGACUGCCAUUUUCCUCUUCGUCAGUUUCUUUGAGAUUGGACCAGGUCCAAUCCCUUGGUUCAUGGUUGCUGAAUUUUUCAGCCAAGGACCCCGCCCCACUGCUCUGGCCCUGGCUGCCUUCAGCAACUGGGUCUGCAAUUUCCUUAUUGCUCUCUGCUUCCAGUACAUCGCGGACUUCUGCGGGCCUUACGUGUUCUUCCUCUUCGCUGGGAUCGUCCUGGCCUUCACCCUGUUUACAUUUUUUAAAGUUCCAGAAACCAAAGGAAAGUCUUUUGAGGAAAUCUCUGCAGAAUUCCGGAAGAAGAGCGGUUCGGCCCCACCCGCCAAAGCGGCUGUACAAAUGGAAUUCCUGGGGGCUUCAGAGACUGCCUGAGGAGGACCCGCAAACCCAGGAACAGACAAGAAGGGAACCUUGUGCUCCCUGUCAACCGAUUCCUUCACGAGUGUACAUCUACACCCAAGGUUUCGUUUUAUACCUUUUGAACAAUUUGUACAGACUUUGAUAGGAAAUGUCAACAAAUGUUACCAAAGAAGUAUUUUUUUUAACUCAGAGAAUCUAUUUUUUUGGCGCUAAAACUCCUAAAUAAGUAAACCAAAGGGGCUGUUAAUUUGAAGCUCUACAGGGAAGAUGGGUUUCUUCCCAGCCCUGUUGGUUUUUUAAAGCUGAAAAGGAAGUGCUUUUGACAUAUCACUGCAUUCUAAAGCAUGCGACUAAGAAACCUGAAGCUACAACUCUUAUCAACAGAGUUAAAUAAACAUGGUUAAAAUGGAAUUUCCUUAGUCAUAUCGCUGAAGCUAGAGGGCGUAUGGCUGGUGUCAGCAAGGCUCAUGUUCAACCUGACAUUUUUGUUACCCUUCCUCAGUGUCUCUCACUGUAUUAGUCUGUGUUUUACUUAAAAUUAUUUUUCUGUAUUUUUAUAUAGAAUAGCUGAGUAUGUUAAAUUAUAUUUGUGCUGAAAAACUAUUUUUAUAGCUACCAAAAUCUUCCUGUAUUAAGAGAAAAUAGUGUAGUUCCUUUGCUUGAUGUAUUUUGCAGUUAAACACUCUAGAUUUUCCUUGCUGCAGAGCCUAGAUUAGCCAUUAAGAUUAGCAAGUAAACCAUGUUAUUUCUCUCUGCUUCAGUCCUUUGUGUUAUGCUUUUGUUAAUUCCUGACUAGCAUUUUUGUCUGAGGGGUUAGAAGACACACAUAAUGGGUUAUGAGUCAGGUGUUAUGUAUAUCGGCUCCAGACUCUAAUAAAUAGUAUCAAUCUCACAGGGAAA